AUGGCAACUGCCCCUCAUCCUCUCACCCAACUCUCUGUCGACGAGUUCACAAAGGCACGAGACAUCAUCGUCAAGCUGUACGGUGGCUCUCAGUCCGUCUACUUUCGACAGAUCAACCUUGAGGAACCAAGCAAGGAGACCCUCAUCCCUUAUCUGGAGGCCGAACAUGCUGGUACCCUGACAGCUGAUACACCUCGCCCUGCCAGACAGGCCCAUGUCGAGUAUGAUCUUAUCAAGGCAGAAAAGCAUGAGGCCGUGAGGGCGGUGGUAGAUCUUGAUGCUGGAAAGGUAGUUAGCAGUGACACUGCUGCUGCAAACAGGCAUCCAUACUUUACCACUGAUGAGUUUACUCAGUUCUUCGAUCAUUGCUUGGCGUCAGACCUAUUCAAGGAUGCCAUGUCCGAGUUUGAACUGCCUGAGGGCUUCGAAAUCACGAUUGACCCAUGGCCAUACGGCCCGUCAGACAAUGAGGAUGACCCUCGAAUCAUGCAGGGCCUGGUGUUUGCCCGUGAUGCUCGGAAAAAUCACCCGGACACAAACCACUAUGGCUAUCCCAUCCCUAUCAUUCCUGUCAUGGACUGGGUUACCAAGAAGAUUAUUCGAGUAGAUCGACUGGCCACUGGUGGAUCUGAAGAUGGCCUGGAGCCUGCCCCUCGCGGUGAUAAACCCAAAAAGCUGUUUGAGAAUGCCAAAUCCGCAGAGUGGGUUCCUGAACUGCUUGACCAACCCGUGCGCACCGACUUGAAACCCCUUAAUGUCGUACAACCCGAGGGCGCCUCAUUCUCCGUCCAGGAGGACGGACUCAUUGAGUGGCAGAAGUGGCGAUUCCGCCUUGGCUUCACUCCACGUGAAGGCGCCGUCCUGCACGAUGUGUGCUACGAGAAUCGCCCCGUCUUCUAUCGUCUCAGCUUCUCCGAGCUCACUGUUCCUUACGGCGACCCCCGACCACCUUUCCACCGGAAGCAGGCUUUUGACUUUGGCGAUGGCGGCAUUGGUCGCAUGGCUAAUAACCUGACCCUGGGAUGCGACUGCCUUGGCGCUAUUCAUUAUGUCGACGGUCUGCUGAGUGCACCUGAUGGAUCUCCCACUCCUGCCAAGUCGGUUGUUUGCCUCCAUGAACAAGAUAAUGGUAUUCUCUGGAAACACACCAAUUUCCGGACCAACAAUGCCAUUGUUGCUCGAUCACGAGAAUUUGUCGUCCAGCAACUUUGCACAUUGGCAAAUUAUGAAUACCUGUUUCAAUAUAAACUAGACCUCGCGGGAGGCAUCACUCUUGAGACUCGAGCCACUGGCAUGGUCAGUGUUGUGGCCAUUGACGAGGGCAAGACCAGCAAGUAUGGUAACGUGGUGUCUCCGGGUAUUCUCGCCCAGAACCAUCAACACAUCUUUGCCGCGCGAAUCGACCCUGCCAUUGACUCGUACCGUGACAACCAGGUCGUUGUUGAAGAAAGCCAUGGUGUCAAGAAGAACCCCAAGACGAACCCCCACGGUAAUUUGUACGAGGUCAGGCGCCAGGUUGUCGACAAGGCCACGUAUGUGGACGCAGAGCCUCGUCAUAAUCGUACUAUGAAGAUGGAGAACCCGAAGAAGCAGAACGCCAUUUCAGGCAAGAACCUAGCAUACAAGAUUAUUGCACCCGCCACUCAGAUGAUCCUGGCUGACGAGGAGAGUGUCCAUACUCAGCGGGCACAGUUUGCUCAACACAAUGCAUGGGUUACUGGCUACCGAGAUGGAGAGUUCUGGGUUGCUGGAGAGUUUACUAACCAAAGCCGAUUCGAAGAAGGGGGUGUCGGUGAUAUGGUCCGCCGGGGAGAUUGGUUCACAGAAGAGGGUAAACCAAACGGGGUGAACGGUUCUAAUGGAACUAAUGGAAGUAGCGAUAACCAUGGCCAGAAGAGCUCUCCUGUUGUCUGGCCAGUAUAUGGCUUUACGCACAACCCUCGAGUCGAGGAUUGGCCGGUGAUGCCGAUGGAAAUGUAUCAGAUUCAUCUCCGCCCCACCGACUUUUUCGAAGCCAACCCGGCCCUGGACGUUCCUUCCAAGAAGAACGAGGCAAGCGUGCUUGUGCCGUGCUGUGGCAAGAACGGCGUGACCAAUGGUAACGGAUGCGGUUCCGUGCAGAAGGAUCCGGUUGCUCAUCUCCAGGGAUCGAACAACGGGGCUGAUGCCAAGGCGGCAGGAGCAAACGUUGCCUAG